AUGUUCGCAAGAUGGGUCGGCGUAGAGCUAUCAGGCUAUGUGGUCGAGAUCAUCGCUGUUGGCCUCUCCAUCCACUUCGUCUGGGGCCUGAAUAUGCCCCUCAAGAAACGCCUCUCCGUCUCCACCAUCUUCGCCUUCCGACUCCUCGUCGCACCAGUAAUAGCCAUCCGCCUCUGGCUCCUCUCCCCCUCCUCAAACCCCACCCCCAAUAACCCCAACAUCCCGGCCUCCGUCUUCACUCAAGCCACCCUCCAACUAACCUUCGUCCUGGCCUCGAUAACCUGCCUCAAACCCUUCCUCCGCCCCUUCCACUCCGGCUACGCCGUCAGCGCCGCCCCCUCAGGCGGCUUCAAUGCUACUUUCAACACAGGAGGCUACAGCACAGGGGGCAAACGCUCGCGCAACGACCCCUACGUCGACCUCAGCACGGCGGGGAAAUCCGCCGCCACCACCUCCCAACUAUCCAGAGGGAGCAGGGUGGAUGGCAAAGACGGCGGCACGAUAGUAUUAACGGAUAUCACUACCUCCCCUUCCGACGAAGUGGUGGAUGAUAGGGAUGGCGAGGCGCCUUUGGUCGUGCGAGCGGAUUACCAGGGUCACGUGACUAGUGUCAUCACGCACGGGGCCGGGAGCGAGCAAGUCCGCCCGCCGUCGAAGAAGAUGAGUAUCUCCAUGACGAAAGAAUGGGGGGUUCGAUAUGAUGACAGUGGAAAUCAUCGGGGACCGGCACGACGGGCGCCGGGAGGGCUGUAG